AUCUUUAAUGAUCAAAACGAUAUACAGCAGCAUACUUCCGUUUAUCAUCUGAAUCUUUUUAUUUGUUCAUACUAGGCACUGUGAAAUACGUCUAUCAAGGCUGAUGUCCGCACUAUUCAAGCAUCCCUAAAAUGACCUUGGAGCUGUGGGUUUUGAGCAUUAUGUCUAUCGUCACGACGAUAGUCAUCAUCACAUUUAUUCUUCUUAUUGUGAUGUAUCUCACCACAGAUCCAUAUCCCAAUCUAUCUCGGACUAGCGAAGAAGAGUACUUUUUUGAUCCAGAAUCUUCGGAAUGCUUUAAAUUACCAUACGGGCUUACAGAAAGACCUGAGAAAGAACUUUCAGUUAUUAUUCCGGCGUACAACGAAGUCGAAAGACUUCCUGGAAUGUUGGCUGAAACUUUGGAUUACCUUAACAAAAGAAAAAAUAUGAAUAAGGCAUUUACUUUCGAGAUUAUUAUUGUAAAUGAUGGCAGUAAAGACCAUACAAGAGAGAUUGCUCAGAAAUAUUCUAAAAUGGAAGGUUCGGAUACUGUCCGUGUCAUAUCCCUUAGUAGAAACCGUGGAAAGGGUGCAGCUGUCAGAAUAGGAAUGCUUUCAGCACGUGGUCGUAUACUGUUGUUUGCGGAUGCUGAUGGAGCGACUCAGUUUUCUGAUAUUGAAAAGUUAGAAGAAGCUUUGUCAUCGUCAAUAGCUAAUAGAUGGAAUGGUGGUAUGGCAGUUAUAUGUGGUUCUAGAGCACAUUUAGAAGAACAAGCAAUUGCUAAACGUCAUCCACUAAGAAAUUUACUUAUGUAUGGAUUUAAAUUGUUUGUUUGGCUUGUUUGUGUUCGUGAGUUCGUGAUACCCAGUGUGGAUUUAAAUUAUUCAGUAGACCUGCUGCUCGUGUACUAUUUCAUAAUUUACAUGUUGAACGUUGGGCAUUUGAUGUAGACCUCUUAUAUUUAGCCAAACAUUUUGAAAUGAAUAUAGUUGAAAUACCUGUUCAUUGGAAAGAAAUUCCAGGAUCAAAAUUGGUUCCAAUUUUCUCAUGGAUUCAAAUGGCUAAAGAUUUACUCAUGAUUCGUCUGAGGUAUUCUCUAGGAGCCUGGAAAAUUGAACCAGUUUAUACAUAAUGUCUUAUUAAUGUAGUAAACAUUCCUUUAGUCAUAAUAAUAUUAUCAUUAUUAUUAUUAUCAUUAUUCUUUUCAAUGUAUCGUGUACAUUCCUACUUGAUAUUCGUGUAUUUUAUAUUUUUAUUUUCCUCUUCUUCCGCUUCUUCUACUUCUGUGAAGUUCCAUUCCAAUUAUUGCACAAAUUAAGUCUCCUUUUUUUUCUCUUGUCAUAUUCUUCUAUUACUCUACUUAUUAUUAGUAAACAAAACUGUGUACUGCUUCUGGUAAUGACACACUGGAAAGUAAUUUCCUUAACUACAACUUGUACGCAGGAUUAUGCUAGAACAAGAUGGAUUGUUGUAUAAUCAUUAUGACUAAAAUUUCGGACAGGUAGUAGAGUAUCAGUGGUGUCUUGUGUGUUUUUUUAACUCAGUUAUCCAGAGCAGAUUUAUUAUGUACGUACGAGGCUAAAAGCCACACUUAUCGUAUGAGAACUAGUCAUGGUGAUGGUACUACCCAGUUGCCGUACUUGUUGAAUUAGGGCUCGUUGACUGAAUGAAUACCGAGUCCUUGAGCAGUAGAGUGAUGACAGAAGACAAGAGACUUGAUAAUUGAAUGUUUGUUGGCAUUCUGAUAUACACAUUUAGGGAAAUUAUGUUUACCAUAUAUGAAAAUCGAUAUAAAAGUAUAAAACUUGGGCACUUUGGUGGUAGAGUAUAACUCCUUUAUAGAUAAGAUUUUAUUUUGAUAAAUCACACAGUGGAGUGUU